UCCCUUAUACUUUGCCACAACAGUCAAUAUUAUAUAUAUUUCUUCCAAAACCAAGAUGGUUCAAAGUGCAAAGUGGUUAUUGAUAUGUGCCUAUGUUAUAGGUAUUUUCGAUCUGGUUAGUGCUGUAUUCUUUUUUCUAAUCAGCCUUAAGACAAUAUGCAAUCGGCUAAGUUGGCUAAGCAUUUUUGCAGUAACAUUUGGCCUAUUUUGGAUUACUAUGAUAAUUAUGCUUCUAGUGGGCAUUCAUGGGGGUAAGCCCCGAUGUGUAAGAGCCUGGAUAAUAUUCUGUUGUGUUGGCAUUCUUUUCGAAAUGUGCUUGAUUCUCUAUGCAAUUUUCAACGAAAGCAGUUUUCAAACGGGUUUGUUGAAAAAUUGCGUCUUACUGACGGCGGGAUUGGCUGUGGAAUCCAUGUUCUUGUAUAUUAUUUACCGCUUCUAUGUGACUAUGGACUUUUGUCAAAACUGUCAAAGGCCCAAGCCGACUGUUGAUCCAUGCGAAGAGAUAAAGAUUAUAGAAAGUCAGGAGAAGGCCAAGAAAAAGCCAAUACCAAACAGGCGCAGAGUGAAAAUAGUUGAAAAAAGGUUAGAAGGAAAACAGAUUGUGAAUAUGCCUUCGCAACCACUCAAACUGAAUCGAUCUCCUGAAGUCUCUUCGAAAUGAAUGGAGGCAAUGAGAAAUAUACUUUAUAUUUUUGAAUUUUA